AUGCGAUUAACAACACUGCUCCAAAAAGUCGGCGAUGUGUCGAAAAAGUUCUCCAACUUUCCCGAUUCGUACGUGAAACGAGCGAUGGAACAGGUAUAUUGGAAAACGCCUCGCGGUAAACCGCAGUAUUUGCCCCGUACAGUCGAGCGGAAAAAGUUCCGGUUCACCACAAAUCGACCGUGGACAGGACAGUUCCGGCAGCAGAACAUGCCCGGCACCAUCCGCAAAAAGGUGUUCGUUGAACCGAUCGCUACCUGGAGCUUUUUCCGUGGCGAUCGCGUCGAGGUGCUGGUUGGCAAGGAUAAGGGCAAACAGGGCAUCGUUAGCCAGGUGAUACAGGAGCGCAAUUGGGUGAUUGUGAGCGGGCUCAAUUGCCAUCUGCGGAAGGUGGCCGACGAGAAGGAGUAUCCGGGUAUAAUGAUCAAAUCGGAAAGUCCGCUGCUCGUCACCAACCAGGUGCAGCUGGUCGAUCCGUCCGAUUUGCAGGCGACUGCGAUCGAGUGGCGCUACACGGAGGAUGGCGAAAAGGUACGGGUGUCCACGCGCAGCGGUCGCAUUAUUCCGAUCCCGAAGAUGAACGAGGAAACGAACGAUUACAAAUCGAAGAGCACGUACAUUGAGCGAGAAAAGGAUACACCGGCCGACGUGGUGAAGGAAAUCUCAUUCCAGCCAGCACUGUGCACCUUCGAGAUGGACAUUAUGCAGCGGCAUGGCAUUGAGGAGGACCGUGUGCCACACAAAACGUACUGGUACUAA